AUGCAAAAAUACGAGGAGGAGCUCGCCAGAACAAAGCAGUCCCUGGAGGAGACGAGGACCGAUCUGGAAGAGACCGUGGGGGUGGCCGAACUUCUCUAUGAAGCAAAUCGGAAGCUCGGAACUGUGAUAGAGUACCUGUUGAAACAGCAGGGACGCUUGAACGAUCAAGACUGCAAUUCAUUUGAAGCAAUAUUCAACCUUCUUCUCAAGCAACCCGAGUCUCAUGAUGAACAUGCUGUCCACGGGAGCAGCGAGAGUGAGAAACAAUGCGAAAAUGGGCAUCUAGAUGGUGCCAUUGACUUGAGCUAG